AUGGGGACACACGACAAGACGUCCGGAUCCUCCGAUUCACCUGUAGACGACAAGGGACAAUACGGCGGCAACUAUUACGAUCCCCAUGUUGCCCAGCCUGGAGCGGAAUAUGACGAUGACCUCGGCGUCCAGUGCCCUUCGCAUACCUCCCAGCGCAGACUUGUCUCCAAGAUCGAUCUUCGCGUGAUACCCGUCCUCAGUCUCAUGUAUCUGCUGGCCUUCCUCGACCGGACCAAUAUCGCCAACGCGUCCGUGUUCGGUCUCCAGAAGGAUCUGAAAUUGACCGGUACUCAAUAUAAUACCGCCUUGACCAUGUUCUUCAUACCAUAUAUCGUCUUUGAGAUACCAUCGAAUAUCAUUCUGAAAAGACUCAAGCCGCACGUCUGGCUAUCGGCGUGCAUGUUCCUCUUCGGCCUCGUAACCAUCUGCCAAGGUUUAGUGAAGAACUGGAGCGGGCUUCUUGCAACUCGCUUUUUCCUAGGUCUUGCCGAGACAGGCAUGUUCCCAGGUUCUUUCUAUCUUAUUGGCAUGUGGUAUAAGCGCUCCGAGGCCCAGAAGCGUUACUCUUUCUUCUUCGGUAGUACCAGUCUAGCCGGGGCCUUCGGCGGCCUUCUUGCGUCCGCGAUUGGCAAGAUGGAUGGGAUGCGUGGCUAUCUUGGCUGGAGAUGGAUCUUUAUCCUUGAGGGCGUGCUUUCGUGUGUCAUUUCAUUCGCACUCUACUUCAUGAUCCCAGACUUUCCGGAAGAGGCCAAAUGGCUCAGAGAAGACGAACGCGCCUACGUCAAAGCCCGGCUCGAGAAGGACCAAGGUCGCUCCGCCCGCGAGCGCCGCAUCACCCCCCAAGACGUCUUCAACUGCUUCAAAGACUACAAGUUCUUCCUCGGCGGGUUCAUGUAUUUUGGACUCAUCGUCCCCGCCUACGGCUACGCAUUCUUCGCCCCCGGUAUCAUCAAAACAUACGGUUAUACUCAGAUCGGCACCCAACUGCACAGCGUCCCCCCGUGGGCAUGCUCUUUCGUCUUCGCGCUCAUCGUUGCUUUCUUCUCGGACCAGUUCAAGCAUCGCUUCUUGUUCACACUGAUUCCAAUCGCCAUGUCCAUCGCUGGUUUCGCUAUCCUAUUGACCGUGCACACGAGGCCGCAUCUCGAAUACGCAGCGCUGUUCCUCGUCACCAUGGGCACUUACUCGGCCCUGCCGGUGACGGUCUGCUGGUUCAACCUCAACCUCGGUGGCCACCAUCGUCGAGCGGUCGGAACGGCCUGGCAGAUCGGCUUCGGCAACAUUGGCGGGAUCAUCGCCACCUACGCUUUCCUGGCCAAAGAUGCACCGCGUUACAGACAAGGCUAUGGCAUCUGCAUCGGCUUUGCAUGUCUGAGCGCAGCGGCUUGCUGUGCUUACGCCGCUAGCGUGCUGGUGCAGAACAGGAACCGGGACAAGGCGGGUACGGAUCUCGGGCUGACGGAGUUUGAAAAGACGGAGAAGGGGGAUAUGAGUCCUGAUUAUCGAUAUCUGCUGUAA